AUGGCUUCUUUGCCCACCCUCCCAGUGAAGCACAAUGACUUCGUGAAGUAUGUCAACGCCAACUCGGAGAAGCCCAUGGUGGACUUGGUUCAGCCAUAUAACGAGUUUGACGCCGUUCUGCGAAAGAAAUUCGCCCAAGACCCCUCUCAUCCAUCAAUUCAAGAUAACUAUGCCAACAUUGUACCGCUGUACGACCAGACCGGCUCCACAAAUCUUUCCAUUCGAGCUCGGGACCUUGUCUCGGAAACGCCAGAGCAAACGGAGAAGUACAUUUUGCCCUUGAGUGCAAAAGACCGGAAACCACAUGGUUCUGCGGCAGUUGUACCCUCUUUGAAUGAGUUCAAGAGCAACUUUGCGCUCUUUACAGAGGGCUCAUUGAGUGAAAUUGACUGGUCCAACGUGGUCGCUGCUGGUAGCGCUGUCGUCACCUCACUUUUGCCUGUGCCAGAAAAAUAUCGCAACUCAAAGCGUGGCCUUCGCAAGUACUACCAUGAGGAGUUUGCUCCAGCGUCAGAUGUGGAUCUCUUCUUGUAUGGCCUGAAUGAGGACCAAGCGAUUGAGAAGAUCAUGCACAUCGAGGAUAAGAUCAAGAAUACUAUCCUCUAUGAGACCACGACCAUUCGGACGAAGAAUACGAUUACCAUUGCUUCUCAGUAUCCGAACCGCCAUGUGCAAAUCGUGCUUCGCAUCUACCGCUCAGUCGCUGAGAUCCUCACUGGCUUCGACGUUGAUGCUUCGUGCGCGGCUUUUGAUGGUCGCCAGGUCUAUGCUUCUCCACGUGCAAUCGCUGCAUACAUCACUCAGGUGAAUCGGAUUGAUCUAACUCGAAGAUCACCAUCAUAUGAGAAUCGGCUCUCCAAGUAUUCACAUCGAGGAUUUGAGGUUUUCUGGCCUGCUCUUGAUAGAUCGAAGAUUGACCCGACUAUCUUCGAGAGAAGUUUUACCAGAACUGAAGGACUUGCACGACUCCUAGUAUUGGAAAAGCUUCCUCGGUCUCACGACCGGGACAACUACCUCCAAAAGAGGCGUGAGGAACGAGGUCGUCCUCCUUUGAGUUUGUACCUGAAACGUCGUCAUGGCAAAAUGCUGCAUGGUAAUAUCAAGGAUGACUGGGAAGAUGAGGUGCCUGAAUGGCAAGAGCAAGACCAAGUGUCCGAUUACCAUACUUUUACUAUUCCUUACGGUCGGAGAUUCAAUGCCAGGAAUAUUGAGAAGCUACUCUACACCAAGGACCUGUUGCUGAACGCCCAAUGGAAUCAGCCCAAAGACCGCACAGUUUAUCUUCAUCGUCAUCCAGCAUUCUUCGGCGAGGCGGAAUAUGUCAUUGGCGACUGCUGUGGCUACUGUCCCAAGCCUGUCACCGAGGAGGAAGUCAAGGUCGCUGACGAGGAGGGCAAGAUUUAUAUCUCUGGUCAUAUCACUUUCAUCAAAGAUGAUCCUGGCCGCCAGGAAAUUGGAAGUUUCAAUCCGAUCACUGAAACCGAUUGGACUGAAAUGGCUUAUGUUGGCCGCACCGAGAAACUUUGCCAGGCAAUCUUGGCAAACGAUGUUGACUCAGUGAAAGCUUUCCUUGCGGAUGAGGGUACCAAUCCAGACCGCCGUGACUACACUGGACGGACACCACUCCAACUCGCGUGCAUAUGCUCGACCCCUGAAGUCGUUCAAUGCCUUGUCGACGGCGGUGCUCGCAUGAUUCCCCGUAUGGCUGAUGGAAAUACAGCGCUCCAUCUUGCCGCCGCCCGGGGAGACGUCGACAUGAUUCGAAUCUUACUCACAAAGAGCAAUGAGAAUGAAGAAGAAGAAGUCAAGAAGCAGGAUUCUCUGAAACAUAAAGGAGAGUCAAAGACCAAGCCCAGCACAGACGAGGAUGAAGAUAUUGAUAUGAUUGACCAAGACGAUGCCAUGUCUCACACCUCUGCCUCUUACGUCAAGGUCGAAAGUGACGAAAAGAAUUUGAACGUGUACGAUACGCUCCAGGAGAAUGACCUCGAGCCGGAUGUUUACGACAUUAAUGUCGUUGCAUGGGAUAGUCGGACUGCUCCUUUGCAUCUCGCUAUUCUACAUGGUCAUACUGAGGCCGUGAGAGAGCUUGUUACAUCCUUUGGUGCCGAUGUCUUGAUGCCAAUCAAAAUAUUGAAUGAGCGCGACAAAACACCCCAGGCUGCAAUUCUUAACCUGGUUCUCGUUCAAGUCCUCUCUUUCGAAAAAGCAAUGGAGAUGUCGCAGACCCUUCUUGAGCUCGGCGCUUCACCAGCGCAAGCAGACCUCAAGCAGAAGACACCGCUACACUACCUUGCUCAAUCCGACAAAUUUGGAAUUUUUGAUAUAUACGUGCAGCAUGAUGAGCCGGCAGUAAAGCGCGCCAUUAAUCACUUAGCAGUCCAGGGCCAUUCCUACACACCAGAAUUCUCCUCGGCGUUGAUGGUUGCUCUCACUGCGAAGAACGCACCCGCGGCAGCCAAGCUGUUGAAUACAGGGGCCCACCCGGAGAUUGAUCCCGCAGAGGUUAUGAAGGCUAUUACGACAUCUAGAGGACGCACGACCUACUACGGCGUCACCGAAGAAAACGCAAAGUAUUGUGUGAAGCAGCCAAUCUUGCUGGCUAUUGAGAAUGACCUCCCUUUACUCGCCAUUGAUCUGCUUCAUCGCGGGGUAAACCCUAACACCGAUAUCAGCGAGAGAUAUCGAAACCAGGAUCGGACGGUAUUAGACGUCGUGCGCCAAACUUUGCGUGACCUUCGUGAAUUCUUGGUUGUGCGCAAGUACCAAUCCUAUGCUAAUUCCAUCGCGACUCCCCUCGAUCCGAAUGACGAUACAUAUUUGUCAGAUUUCCAACCUGGCACUUACAAAAUGGUCAUUGCAAAGGAUCUACUCGGCAACGCGCGCAAGACAACCCGAGAGAGCGAAGAACAAGCCAAGAGGGCUGAAGCUGCCCCGGCCGAUCCUCCUGGUUUGGCUGAGAAGAAGGCGUUUAUUGCGGAGUUGAUUUGCGACUACGAGAAGCUGGAGUCCAUUCUGCUACAAAAAGAUGCAAAGACCUGGGACGAGCUUCAUCCUCCGCAGACAAUUCCCGUGCAGUUCCCAGUCUACGUCUCGACCGAGGGAACACAGCUCACCUCUGAGCCUUGGAAGAUCAACUUCCACUUCAAUGUACCAGGCAUUACUGAUUCUGCUCGUGACGGAUAUCUGAAACUUUUCGAAGCAGCUUGGAAUGGCGACAUUGGUAUCAUAAAAACCUUGACAUUGGGCAUGUGGGGACCCCUCAAUGAGAACGCUCCGCUUGAGAUUGCUGUAACCGACAAUCAAGGCCUGUCUGCCCUUUCAAUUUCCAUCAUGCGCGGCCAUUUCGCAGUCGCUAAGACCGUUCUUCGAAUUCUCCACGUGCAGUACAAGGUAAAGGAGCCUCGCGGUCGGAUGCACUUUGAGAUAGACGUCGAUGAGUGUUCUGAUGACUGUGAUGACUCUCAUGAAGAUAACGAAGAUUUGAACAUAGUCAGUCACAUUGUUGAUGAUACCUUCACCCACGAGAACAUCGGUGAAGUUAUGACUCAAGUCGAGAGCAAUACUUCCCCUCUUGAGACGUUUGAGAAACGGUUCAAUGUACUCCUGUUUUUCGACGAGUGCCAGAAGGAGGAUUGGAACAAGCGAGCCCUCCUGUUUCCGAAGCUGUACCGGCACCGGGAUUGGACUUGGAUGAAUAAAGACAACCCGAUCAACAAGAUUGGGUUGUUGAAAUACGCUACUGGAUUGGACCUUGCCUCCACCAACCCUUCUGUAAAAGGUGAGUUCUUGGUCAAGGUCGACGAGUUCCAGCUUGCAAUCUCACUUGGACGUACCGAUUGCCUUGCCAAAAUGAUUCAAAGUACUGGAGCUGGCCUUCCACUUACAAAAUUGAGUGAUGACUGUUGCGUUGAGGAGAAGAAAGAGCCUCAGUACUACCCUGGGUUGUCGAUUCGUGGCAGCAAGCGUGCUGAUUGGGCUAAUGCCGGUCGAGAUAAACCGUUGAGAGGGCGGGCACAGUGUCCUCCUCUCCUUAUUGCGGCUCGUCAGGGUAAUUUGGCCAGUACGGAGUUUUUCCUUGGUACCGCGCCUGCUCGCUAUUACUUGGAGUAUCUCAAUUCGAAUAAGGAUGAUGAGAGAGUCAAACGAUUGACUAAGUCCAAGCUCGGACUCGAAGGAACACUCUUGACCUGGCUUCAAGAGAGAAACAACCUCGUUAUCCACUGCGCAAUCAUCUCCGAACCAAAUGACGAAUCCGUCCGUCUAGUUCAGUAUCUUGUGGAUCAUCACCCUGAAUGCUUGGAAGUCCGAUCGACAGAGGGAUUGACGCCUCUCGCAUGGGCCAUGUCCCUUCACAAGGUCCGAUUUGCCCGCAUCUUGGUAGAAGCUGGAGCCAACCAGGCCGUCCGCGACAAAGAGGCGCGCAAUCUCCUCCACCUGAUUCUCGUAUCAGCCAAUGGUCGAGUCUGCAGGAACUCCAGCCGAUGCAGCAAACUCCUAGACCUGCUGGAUAAGCAACUCCUCCCAACAAUGCUCAUGGAACGCGCCGGUAAAGGCUCAAGGACGCCCUUUUCCCGUUGGCUUCACGCCCAACCCGACUUUACGCCAAGGGACCCGGCCAUUCCUCGGCCCCCUAAGAGUCCCCAGACCGAGGAUGAGAUAGUAACCUCCAUGACGAGCCUCAUUCUGGGCCUAGCCAACUCCACGGACCAAAAGCAUCUCGAGGUCUUUGACGAAGCUGGAAACACACCAGUUCAUGAUGCUGUGAAGAAAUGCUUCCCCCAAGUCCUAGGACAACUCCUUGAUCGUCGUCCUGACAUGCUCAACCGGGAGAAUGCCACCGGUACGACUCCUCUCGAAAUGGCAGUUGACGCUUGGGUCAACAAGAGUACCUCUGGACCGCCUGACGGUUCUCCAAGGUCGCGGGUUAAUCCCCCUGUGAGUCAGAGCGCUUUGCAGCGCGGUUGUCACUUCUUCAUCCCCGGUAGCAGGGUCACGUAUGACAAGGAGAUGGCUACGCUUCGGGUUUGUCGGGAAUGGGCCCAGCAACGGCCCGGAAAGAGAAGACUUGUUAGUCUGUUUGAGGCGAAUGAGGUCGCUAAGAGAUUGGUGGCGGCAGGACAGGCUACUGGCCGUGAUGGUGUUGUCUCCGAAGAUGAUAAUAAGUCUGAGGAUGAUCCGUGGGGAAGCAUGUUUGAUCAUUGCUAG